AAAUUAAAUUGAACAAUGGCCUUCAUAACAAAAUUUAAUAAAUUUCACAAGAAACAUUUAUUAAAAAAUGUAACAACUUCAAAGGUUUUGCCUGUUGCGUUCGUGAGCAGCGAAGAUUCUUCAGAACUGCUUCCGCCGCCCGAUCUCCGAUGCUUUUCAAACAGUCAAUUAAAGAAAAACGUCUUAAAGAAUUUUUGUGCACCGUCAUCUUACACUAUUCUAGCAGGUAAUCCACAACCUGUGGAUCGCCGCGAUCUUUUAAGACAUGACAUAACAAUAAAGAAGUGGGAACAGAAAACUAAUAUUAUCCCGAAAAACAAUUUAACUAUAUUACUUGGAAUAACAAUGUUUGCCGAAAUUAAUAAAAACUAACACUUUAAUUAUUUUUGGUAAUUAUUAAUAUUAUG